AAAGUCCUUGUACUAUGGUACAGGGUAUUUCAUGAUUUUCAUCAAAAGUAGAAGACAGUUCUCAAUUUUUAUUAAAUUUUCUGAUGCAUAUGCAAUUAAAGUUUGACUCAGAAAUUUUUACCCUUUCUUUCAGUGACAAGCUAUUCCCCUCAUUUGGAUUUGGUGGGCAGAUUGAAGGAAAGGUGUCUCAUCGGUUUCCACUCAAUUUUAAUCCCACUAAUCCUUACUGUGCUGGGGUAGAGGGUAUUGUUGCAGCAUAUCAUCAAGCACUAAGAGUUGUUGAUUUGUUAGGCCCAACUAACAUGGCCCCUAUCAUUAACCAUGUUGCUGACUUUGCUGAAGAAGCUGCUUCUAAAACUGACAGACAAGAUUACUUUGUGUUGCUGAUACUAACUGACGGAGAGAUUACUGACAUGAUUGACACAAAGAAGGCUAUCAUAAGAGCUUCUCGUCUUCCAAUGUCAAUCAUCAUUGUGGGAGUUGGGAGCUGCACUUUCUUAAAGAUGGUCGAAUUAGACUCUGAUGACAGUCUGUUGAGAGUUGGUUCCAGUGUUGCUGAGAGAGAUAUAGUCCAGUUUGUUCCAUAUAGGAAGUAUGCUCAGUCUUAUGAACUAGCACAAGUAGUAUUGGCAGAGAUACCAACUCAGUUUACUCAAUACAUGAACAAGAGAGGUCUGGCUCCAUUGAAGGGUGCCCAGUAAAAUUGAGGAGUUUGUUAAAAUUGAUCGGGUAUUAUAAUUAUUAUGCUGCUAUUAAAACAUAAUGAAGUUUUUUUAAUUAUUUAUAAUUCAUAAUAAUACUAUUUUUCCUGUUACUAUUAAUAAGUUCUGUUCUUGUGUUUUCUUAGUCAUUGUUGUGGAGUAUUGUACAAAAUUUAUACCUUUCUAAA